AUGGUAGCAUCCUCGUAUAACAAACUCGAAUCCGAUCCUCCUACAAAACCAAGUCUACCAUGGCGAUUCAGCUCGAGCCUGAUCAUGGGCGUCACAGGAGCGAUAUCCCGAUUCUUUUACUAUGGUCUGAAUAACGUUGAGACUAUUGGGCUAGAAGGAUUCAAGGCCACGCUCGAUAGACGAAAGAACCCCGAGGAGAGAGAAAGAGGCUUAAUUACCGUCUCGAAUCAUGUCAGCGUCUUGGAUGAUCCAUUAAUAUGGGGUGUAUUGCCUCUCAAAUAUGGUUUCAAUCCCUUCAAUCACAGAUGGAGUCUUGGUAGCUAUGAUAUCUGCUUCGAGAACAAAGUCCUCUCCGCGUUCUUCACCUUGGGCCAAGUUUUACCUACGCAUCGAGGCGCAUACUCCGAGAAUGGCGGUCUCUUUCAGCCUACAAUCGCACAAGCCAUACGAAUGCUUUCCGCGCAGCCUUUUACUACACGUUACGAACCACCGAUACAACAACCAAAGAAGAAAAUAUCUAUGCGACCAAAAGAUCCUGAUAUUGUCGAUCCUUUCUCUUCUGGCGACCUUACCUUUACUACAAAUGGCAUAGAUGUAUUUCCUGCACCCUCCGCAUAUACGUCACGAAGACACAGUUGGAUACAUAUAUUUCCUGAAGGACGAGUGCACCAGCAUCCAAACAAGACGUUACGUUAUUUUAAAUGGGGAGUGUCGCGACUUAUUCUCGAAAGCGAACCUUUACCCGAGAUCGUUCCCAUCUUUAUCGAUGGUAAUCAGGACAUAAUGCACGAAUCGAGAGAGUUUCCACGCUUCCUUCCUCGUGUUGGCAGGAACGUCCGUAUUGCCUUUGGAGGAUCAAUUGACGGAGAGCGCAUAUUCGGAGACCUCCGCCUUCGCUGGCAAAAGCUUGUCCAAUUACAAAAGGAGGCACUAAGGAGAAAGGGUCUGGACGACAAUAUCGAGAUGGGAGAACUUACGGAAGGUCUUAAAUACUACAAAGAGGCAGUUGCGUUACGUGAAGAAGUCACAAUCAGAGUUAGGCAGGAAGUGCUCAAAGUAAGAAGGAGCUUAGGUUAUGAAGAUGAAGAUCCUAAGCAGGGUUUGGUCGAGACUUGGAUCUCAGAAGGCAGGAGCGAUGGCAAGAAAAAGAAAGAUGGCAGUUGGGUUGGAGACACAUGA